GUAGCGGAGCAACUCAUAACGGCACAUGUAUCUCAUCUAGUGUCCUUAUCAGAUGAGACAACCUCGGCUGCACCCACAAAUCACUCGGCUCCGGAACUCCUCGCUAUAGGUCUGGCGGCUCUCGAUGCCUUCCUCCAAGCAACCGUUACUGGUCCUGUUCUGCCAGCGAAGGAGUCAACUCAUGUCGAGAAGCUGUUUGUCAGUGCUUGGAACUCAAGCAAAUCAGAAUCUCAUGACUCAGCCGUUGCUCUGCACCAGCUUCGGAGGGCUUGUCUGAGAUAUUUCGAAGUUGACGGCGUUGUUCCCUAUGCCUACAUUCCUUAUUUAGAACUCUUCUCUCUCGCCAAGUACAUCUUGGUUGACUCCCUGGCAUCCGAAACAAAGGAUGUUUUUGAGUUGCCAUCAGCUGAAGGGGCUGCAACAAAGCGUAGCCUUGCCUGGGAAAGACUGCGUGUCAACGUCUGGCACUAUAAGAUUAUCACGCAGCCAAGCCUGGGCUCAUCAUCCAACUUCAACAAGAGCUCGCAGUGGAGUGAUGUGCCUACACUAGCAACACAAAUCAGCAAUGAAAUAGAUGCUAUUAGAGGAAAACUCUUCAACACUGAAGUCUGGGCCACGGAGGAGACUUGGGCCAGGGAAGAGAAAGCCUUGUUCCUCAUCGAAGCUGCUAACAACUACAUUCUACUUGGUCGUAAUGACAAGGCAAAGGAGGCCCUGGAUGAAGCCGCACAGGCUACCGGAGUUACCUACGCUCUGUCCGGAGCCCUUGGAAAGAGGACAAAAUUCCAGGAGAACAACCUCAGUCAGCUUGUUGUCUUUGCAAAGAGCGCCACCGAACAAGAUAUUGCGGCAACUGCGGGUAAUGAAGAUGAUGAAACCAAGCCAGAUGCCCUCAAACUCAACGACGAUACCCUAUUGGAAGAGAUUCAUUACGCAAAGGAACCCGUGAAGAGCACAACAACUGUUGAGACUCUGCCACCUGCGCUGGCUGAGCUGGCACCAGAUGACCAGCCGCAGCUGUCCGCCCUCGAUGAAAUCAUUCUUCUUACCGAGGCAACAAUUAAAGAUGCCUUUUCACCCGUCGACAGUCUCACUUCUGAGCAGAUUCUACCUUUUGCAGUCCGUGUUUUGACCGACAAGUCUGUUAACUGGCAGAUUUAUACACAAGCAUUGCUCGUCCGUUCAAGGAUAGAAAUCCACAGGAGCAGAACCGUCGAGCGUGGUGUCCUCCAAUUACAGGCUGUGGCGGAUCAAGUCCUCACUGACACCACCUUUUCUACUCCAAGCAAAGAAGCCCAGGAGGCAAACGAAUCGGAUGUUCCCGCUAUUCAAGUUACUGCCCCGGGUCAAGCCGCUGCCCCUGUCGAUGAUUCCAAGCCCACGACUUUCCUGCCCGCCGCAACAAACUCAGAAUCUGCCCCUGCCCACGUUCGUCUCCGUUAUAUCCACGCUCUAUCUACUCCUCCGCGAUGGCAUCUCGAAUCCGAACUUGCUUACGCCUGGGCUGGCGUUGGCUCCAUGACAUCAGCCCUGGAAAUCUUCAAGCGCCUGAAGCUUUGGGCAGAAGUAGCUCUCUGCUAUGCCAGCAGCGCAGCUGCCGAGGACGAAGAUGGCCGAGGCAGCGGAGGAGAAGACAAGGCCAAGGCAAUCAUCCGCUGGAGACUUUUCAACAAGACUGGAGCCGCAGCGGACUCCUCCUCCGAGCCGGAGGACGAAGUUGUGGGCCAAGACGUCGGCUUACUCAAAGCAGCCGACUUUUCGGGACCGGAGCGACAGCCUUCCCCUCCUAAUGCCGCCCGUCUGUGGUGCAUUCUCGGUGAUUUGGAAAACGAUCCGGCUCACUAUGAGCGCGCAUGGGAAAUCUCCAAGCAGCGCUUCGCCCGUGCCCAGAGAUCCCUGGGAGAAUACUAUCUCGGCCAAAAGGAUUUGGUCAAGGCUCUCGAGGCGUAUAAAAAGGCCACCAGCGUCAACAGACUCAGUCCCGACAUGUGGGGUCGCCUCGGCGAUAUCAGCCUGCGCCUGGGACGCGCCAGAACAUGGAGUAACCUUGGCAGUGCCCUGUACAGCCUUUACUGCGAGUUGACAGCCCCAGGGAAGGACAAAGAGGAGGACAAGGCUACAAAUGGAAACGCCCCCGUGGGCGAGGACGAUGAAGAUGGCAUCGCCACAGCUUCAGAAGAAAAGAUUACGUCUCGCGACCCCAACAAGCUCCUCUCCCAGUCCCUCGCAGCUUACAAAAAGGGAGCCUCCAUCGCGCACGACAACUGGCGCAUCUGGGACAACGUCGUUACCCUCGCCUCGCGCAUCCACCCGACCCCAAUCUCCGACAUCGUCAUCGCAAUCUCAAACACCAUCCGGAUCCGCAAGUCGGAAUCCGCCCUCGACAUCGACAUCCUCUCCGCCCUCCUCCAGGACGCCAUCCUGUCAAAGGAGAAAUCCCCCGCCAGCAGCGGCAUCUACGAGCCCGCCCGCGGCUCCGUCGAGCGCGCCGUCAUCCGCCUCAUCGAAGAGGAGAUCACACCCCUCAUCACCACCCGCUCCGAGCUCUGGACCCUCGUCUCGCGCCUCCGCGCCUGGCGCAACGACUACGCCGGCGCAAUCGACGCCGCAGAACGUGCCUGGCGUGCCGCCGUCGGUUCCUCAGGUGGCUCCGGAAGCGGCCUGCUGCCCGGUGAAUCGGCCUCGGGCAGCGCUGACUGGACGUCCGACGAGACAGCCUGGGCGGAAGUCGUCAAGCGCACCGACGAGCUGGUCUCGGUGCUGGAGAACUGGGGGCCCGACGUCGAGGCCAUUGGACAGAAGUGGAAGGGUAAGGCGCGGAGUGCCGUGCGCAGCGUCAUGGGACGGGCGAAGGCGACGUGGGAGGAUAGCCAGGGGUGGCGAACAUUGGAAAAUCUCAUGGAGGGGUUGAAA